UUUUGAGCGAUUUUGCUUCAUAAAGUUCUUCAAUACACACGAUCAGAUCCGCGCGACAGCAAACAUCCUUUUUUCGCUUGAAUUUUAUCCUGCUGUACUGUACACGUCGGAAAAAACGGUGCGUUUUACACGGAUAACUCACUAACAACUGAAAAAUCGGAAGAAUUCAGGUGCUCUGUGUUGCAAAGUUUUUUCCUCAUUAUUUCCUGUGACGCCGUGUCAUAAUAUUCGCAAUCGUCAUUUUUACACGGGUGGACUCUGACGGGACAGAAAAAAGCUUGUUCACCAACCAGCAUAACGAAAAUCUUAAAAUUUGAAAUUAACAAUAGCCACCAAAAACUAUUUGGAAAAAAACAGUUAUUUGCGAUCCUUUAUUCCAGCGCAAAAUAGUGUAUCAAAAAGUUUUGGGCAAAUUAAGUGGUUCUUGCCAAAAAUCCGUGUUACAAAACUUGGCUUAAAAAAUUGAACCCCAAAAAAAGGACGGAUACAUCCUUUAAGGUGACAGAACAUCGCAUAUGUAAACUACGAGAACUAAUCUAUCUUGCAUCCAGAUUGAGCUCAGCUGAUUGCUCCCGGUGGACACAACUCACGAAGCAAGCAAAAAGGUACACGCUUUGUUUUGUGGCGGAAAAAGGUGUCUGUUGACCACCCGCCGCAGCAGUCGGUAAAAGGUAGUGAGUGGCCAAUGUUGGUACUGUUGUGAGAAAAGCAGACUACAGUCCGAAAGUUAGGAAGAUGGGUGCGUUUCUGGAAAAGCCGAUGACAGCGAAACACAACGAACAUGGUGAGGGAAACGGUUUACGGUAUGGUGUCGGCUCGAUGCAAGGAUGGCGGUGCGAAAUGGAAGACGCACAUUAUUCUAAAACCGGGCUUGGUGAGGGUUUAGAUGAUUGGAACUAUUUUGCGGUUUUCGAUGGCCAUGCCGGCCAUAAAGUAGCCGAUCAUUGUGCCAAAAAUUUGCUACAGUCUAUUAUCAGAACACAAGAGUUUAGCAAUAACGAUAUUACCAAGGGCAUACAUGCUGGCUUUCUCAAAUUGGACGAAACAAUGCGGGAUAUACCGGAGCUGGCCUCUGGGGCGGAUAAAUCCGGGACAACUGCAGUCUGUGCAUUCAUCUCGGGACAAAGCAUCUACAUUGCUAACUGUGGCGAUUCGCGAGCUGUUCUCUGUCGUAAUGGUGGACCCGUUUUUUCAACCCAAGAUCACAAACCCAUACUGCCAGGCGAGAAGCAACGAAUCCAGAAAGCAGGAGGUUCUGUAAUGAUUCAAAGGGUAAACGGCAGCCUGGCGGUUUCACGAGCGCUUGGAGAUUACGAUUUCAAGAAUGUCAAGGAGUUGGGGCAGUGCGAACAGCUGGUUUCUCCGGAGCCUGAAAUAUUUUGUCAAGAUCGGGAUUCUGCCGAUGAAUUUUUGGUGCUUGCCUGCGACGGUGUAUGGGACGUGAUGAGCAAUGCUAAUCUCUGCCAGUUUGUGUACAGCCGGAUGCAGAUUUCGGACAACUUGGAAGAUAUAGCAAACCAAGUCAUCGACACCUGUCUGCACAAAGGAAGCCGUGACAAUAUGAGUAUAAUUAUCAUUGCAUUCCCAGGUGCUCCCGGUCCGAGCGAAGAAGCUGUGAAGAAAGAGGAAAAACUGGAACUAGCAUUGCGUAAGAAGAUCGAAGAGAUAAUCACCGAAAUGGGUCCGAACGUAGAAUACGGAUUACUGCUGAAACAGCUCAGCGAACAACACAUUCCGGAUCUGCCACCGGGCGGUGGUCUUGACGCCAAAUGUUCAUUCGUGUCAAAGGUAUUCAAAGAGAUCUGCCCUAAGCUGGCAGACACAUGCGAGGUGGGCAGCUAUUGAGACAACGGUUCGCUCUGGGAGACACGCGCCCAAGCUGAAGCGCGACUGGCCAGGUUGCGCCAUGAACAACAGAUCGGGCAUGCAUCACCCGGUGAGGAGCACGGAGAGUUUUUAGCGGAAAUAACCGAAAAUCACAUUCAUGUAUAAAAGCGAGCAACAAGCGUGAAUAUUGCGAACGUGCGAGAUUGAAAGUAUGCGAAGAAGAAAAAAAACUAUUAAGAGAGACAGAACAGAUAAACAUAGUGGAAACAUAACCGAGAAAUCGUAAGGUACAUAUUAUUAACAAUACUACAUGCAUAAUCAAAUUUUUAGGUUGGUCGUACGUUUAUUUUUUUUUUUUCGGAAGAGUGACUCAUUAGAAUAACUGUAAAAAAGUUUACUGUAGCUAAAAACCAGAGAUAGCAUAACAAAAGGAAGAGAAGGAAUAUAUAACAGUCAUCUAACGUUUUAAGUCAUCAGUUCAGUGAACCUUUUGAGCAAAAGAACGUAGAUUUGUUUGCUCUUAUCACAUGUUCGGUAAUUUGUUUACUCAGUUGGUUGAUCCUUGUUUCUCCUUUUUUCAGUAAAUAAUUCGAUAAAUGUAUAUUGCAUCUCUUGAUUCAUUGACGAAAAGUAUCACUCGUGUGUUGUCUAACUAAAAUCCUGAGACUCUUACCUAUAUGCCUAUGUUCGAUUUCACUUUCUUGAGAUGACAUAACUAAAUGAACACUGUUUUUCGAAAAAUCCCAAAGAGUAAACAAUAUCGAACAGAAUGUAUGUAAAUUCGAAACCCCAAGAACAAGAGCAAACAGUCCCCAAAAUUCUAUCAUCAUUCUUGUCUACAGUGUACAAUAGCGACAAAUCGAUGUACUGUGGAUCUCUUGGCGAGAACAUGGCAAUCGUUCGUUCGUUACCUGAAACUGAAAAAGUCACUUUCCAUGGAACGAUAUUCGGAAUGUCUUCUAAACUAAAGUAAACUGUAUGUUUGAAAAGGUUCAGAUGACGUCAUACACAACACUUCUUUGUUCGAAAACAAGUUCGACACAAAUUUCAUCAAGCACUGCAAAAAGACUUCAUUAUCAUAACAUUCACAAAUGCGUACCUAGCAGCAUCAUUACACAUCCUCAGAAAGACAGAAAAAGUUAUACAGAAAUCAUACAACAAAUCAAAAGACGUUUCAUAUUGGAAAACAGUUAGUAUCGACAAAAAAAGGAAUAAAAUCAACCAUGAAAUUUGAUAACCAUUUGAAGUUUUAUAUUCGUUUAUCUCACAUACACUAGACCACUCUGGAGGUGAAACAUUAGGGACAAAAGAGGAAACUACCCAACUAACUUACUCAAAAAAAUGCGAGCUUCAUUCGGUUAUGACGUUUGAGUAAAUUGUGUGAAUUAUUUUACGUUCAGAUAUUUUAAGGUUAAGUAGUUUCAAUCUUGGCAGUCCCAACGAAGCAAGUGAUUUUUACUGACAGAACGCCUAGAGAUAAAUUUUGUGUUCCUGUGCGCACUGAACAUGUACAUGUUGAAUGGUGCGCAAUUAAUUGAAAUGACUACAAAAGGAUUUUAGGGUUGGAUGUUUUUGCUCUAUCAAACUAGAAACAAGAACUUUACUGAAGUCCAGCAUCAAAUGGCGUUAGAGUUGAAAACCCAACUACCAUCAUUGAACGAGUAGAAUGAAAGUUCCGCUAGCGAGGAUUAUUAUUAUUUAUACGUAAACGAAACCUACUCAUGUACCUCAAUGGAACGUUCCCAUCUUGAGCUACGUGAUUCGGUUAACCUUAACCAGACUUGUGAACGAUUAUUUUCAAAACUACAUGUUAUUUGUUCCAAUGUCAUUUCCACCUAUAUAGGUUUAAAAUCGAUUUACUUAACUUUGGAUUAUAAACACAUUUACAUGCGCCAUACAAGGUAAACACUAAGCUAAAUACUGGCGAUAGUAAAAAAAAAAUAGAAAUUAAAAGCGAGAUGAAUGCCUGACGCUUGAGAAUAUCUUCAACACUCCAUAGCGUAAGUUUAAUUUAUGUUGCCCAACUAAAUUAUUGGAGAAAAAUAGAGAGAGAGAGAGAUUAGGUCACAAUGGAUGGAUCACUGCAAUGAGUGGCAACGAACAGAGAGCACUGAACGGUGAAAGGAAAGUAGUAGUUUUAAAGAGAUAAACUAUACUAUACUUAUGGCACAGAAAUAGCAGGACAAGUGCGUACGAUAGGAGUGAAUAUAGUGAACCAUUUCCAAUAUCGAACAAAAGCCACAUUAGAUGGUCAUGGUAUUUAUUAUUGAGCAACCCAAAACAAACUUGUAAAUGGACAAGCUGAACAAAUAGAGUUGGUGUUUUAUUACUA